AUGGAUCUGAAUCUGUACCUGGGGAUGCCCUCCUCCGCCCCGCGCCUCCGCAGGCUCGACCUUGGAUCCGACCUCGCCCUCGGUUCUCCAGGGAGCUCCCCUCCUCCCUUCUCCGGCUCCUCCGUCUCUCUCCGUUCUUCCUUCACGGACCUCCCAGUGGCGCCGCCACCGCUUCAGCCGCCCUUUCCCCAACCUCCGCACGCUGCUCCCUCUUGCUCCUCGCUAGUCAAUCCCCCGCAGAAUCGCCUCUGCCCUCUCUCCACCUUGGUCGACCAUCCGAUCCGAGGAUAUUCCCCCUACUCGUACCAUCCCCUCGCUUCUCCUUACUCCACCUUCCCGGCGGCGCCGCCGUUGCCGCCCCCGCCGUCGUAUCCCUCGUCCUUCUCUCGGAUUUUCCACCCCGAUGACGAUUCUGAUUUGGGUUCUGUCCGAGGCGCCGCCGGCAUCUCUCUUCAUCCUCUGUACGACCCGCUGUUCCCCUUCGGGCCUGGGGAGGAGCCCAUGGCCGCCGGAGGAGGAGGCAGCGCCGGCGAGGACCACGAGGAUGUCGCCUUCAGCUCCUGGGGCAUAGUCGUGGGCGCGGCUCCGGAGGCCUCCUCCCGCCGCGGCUUCCUCCACCCGGAAUUCCAUCUUCGGCGUCUGAUCGCCCUGCAGCAGCAUGAAAGAGAUUAUCUGCCGCCGGGUUCUUCUCCGGUCAUGGAGGACGCCCCAGAGCCGCUCCACCGCGAACCAUCCAGCUCCGAAGCUUCAGCCGAGAUUUCCGGCAAGAACAAGGCGAGCGACGAAGCUCUCCCCGACGAGGGCCUGGAAGAGGAGGACGACGAUGGAGAUGGUGCUGCCAGCGCCCUGAACUUCGAGUGCAACAUCUGCUUGGAGCUCGCCAAGGAGCCCGUCGUCACCCCCUGCGGCCACCUCUUCUGCUGGCCCUGCAUGUACCAGUGGCUCCACCUCCACUGCCACUACAACGAGUGCCCUGUGUGCAAAGGAGAUAUCAGAGAGUCCACCCUGGUUCCCAUCUACGGAAGGGGGAGCUCCGGGAGCAGGACGGAGGAGGUGGAGGAUGGAGAUUCGGGGCUGAAGAUCCCCCCCAGGCCCCAUGGCCACCGGUCGGAGAGCUGGAGGCAGAGACUGCAGAGACCCGUGUCGAGGAGAUUCAGCGCAGAGAUUGCAAAUUCAUGGCGGCAGAUUCUUGGUGAGGAUGUGCAGAUUGGGAGUGUGAUCGACGGGGAAGGGGAUCCGAGCUUGCCGCAGGUCGUGGGAGCAGGGAGGAGUGCAGUGAUGGCAGCGCCCAGAUCAUCCGGGCUGGCCGAAGGGGAGAAUGCUGAUAUCUCGGUGCCGCUGAUAAAUUUCCCACAUACGCAGGGUGAUAAUUUUGACGGCAUCUGGGCAAGAAUCUCUUUUAACAGGGUUGAUCAGAGCGGCGGCCUAGCUGCAAGAGCUGCCGCCGCCGCCACUGCUGGGGUCUCGAGGGUGUUGACCACCACCGAUGGCAGCAGCAAUGCCCGGCAUCGCACUGGUCCAUCUCUGAGGCCUUCCUUUGUCGCGCCAAGCCAAGCGCAAGCUACUGGCCAGGCCUCUGCUUCAAGCACCAUGGCUGUGAUUCAUGAAGAUGCUGCAUUCCUAGACAUGGUGGCGGAGCCGAACAGUGCCGGACCCUCCCGGUCCUCUUCCAGAGUGAGAGGGCGUAGCAGCAGUGGUGGUUCUCUACAGGGUGAUGGAUGCCCAUUACAUGCAUGCAAGAGGAGGAGGUUGAAUUGA